AUGUCGGACCCUACAGAGUUCAUGAGACUUGCAAGUCCCAAUGAACGCCGUACAAUUAGUCGCGAAGAUGUCGGCUAUUACAACGCACUCAUCAUAGCAGCAGUUUAUGAGAUUGCAAGCGAAAAUGUAGACGUUAACUCCGCCCAGUCAUUUCUUGCACCUUUGAGACACUGCAUUGGGAAGUACCCAUACCUAAACGUGGUCGUCAGGGACAAGCAUACCGAGAAGCCAGCAUACGAAGCAGUUUCUAGCAUUGAUCUCCACGAUCAUGUGUCUAUAAUUCAUGAAGACGAAGCUAGUAGAAAUGGCGAGACGGAAAAAUUUGAAGAGAUACUGCCAGCCAUACUUGAUCGGCCAUGGCCUGCCGAUAUUCCACCUUGGCGGAUCGUGGUCCUCCCUUUGGUGUCACCGCGAGACUCCACAGUGAAGCGGUGCUUUAUCGCCUUUGCGUUUUCCCAUGCUCUCGGAGACGGCAUGGUCGGAGUUGCAUUUCACCGCACCUUCCUAGAUGCAUGGCGCCAGACUGCUGGCGUGGAGGAGAAAGCCUCUUUCUUAGUGGCUCCGCCAAGUCAAACGCUUCCGCCACCCUUUGACACGCCCGAAAGACUUCCCAUAUCUUGGAAGUUCCUCCUCGAGCCAUUGAUAGCAGUUUACUUGCCGAAGUUUGUGGCUAAAAUGCUUGGGCUCCGCGCAUCUGCCAGCACGUUAGAUGCCGGUACUUGGAUUGGGUCACCCAUGUUCUUUGACCCAGCGGCCACCCUCAAGAGCAGGGUAAGAAUUAUUGAGAUUGAGGCUCCGCUGGUUCAGAAGGCCUUGCAAACGUCAAGGAGCCACGGUACCAAGCUCACGGCAACAAUGCACCAGAUGAUUGUUCGGGCGCUAAGCAGCGCCAUUCCUAGCCCUGACGUGACCAAUUUUGUCUCGGGGACGCCUGUUGAUAUGCGAGCGUCUAUCGGGACGCCUAGUCUCACAUGGGGUCUUUUCGUGUCUGGCCAUUACGAGGUACAUCCAAGGGUACCGAUUGCGACAGAGCCUGCUUUGUCCGAGGAGAUGUGGGCAGCCGCAAGUUCGAUGUCACAAAAUCUCGCUGAAUGCGGUGCAAGGCUGCAGGACCAAGCAAUCGGCCUGCUGAGAUAUGUUCCCAGCAUCAGGAAUUGGACGUUGAGUAAAAUUGGACAGCAGCGGGACUCAUCGUACGAACUGAGCAAUUUGCUUGCCUUCGAUAACAUGGGUGACGGCGCGGAUCAAAAGUGCAAGGUUGUCAAGAUGGUAUUCUCGCAGCCUGGAAAUGUUACUAGUGCGCCACUUGUUUUCAACAUCAUCAGUGUCAAAGAGGGUAGCUUGACAUGCACGACUGAGAAGCUCACGAAUUUACCGUUUUACCCCACACUUUCGACCCCCUCGUCGUUACAUGAAGACUGCAACUACGAGAAACCAGCAACGUUUAGCGCGAGUCAUACCCUUGGUCACACAACGUGCGAGGAAGUACGGAGUACACGAAACAAAUCCAACGAAUCUUUCAUGCGCGACUUUUACUUUCAUCACUGGUCUUUAGGUUGUAAAUGGGAGAGCCGAGAAGAAGAGGGGAUCCCAAUAUUCUAUAUAAUGGCUGGAGGGAAAUCAUAUGACCCUGUCCUCGUACAGCCGGAUCCUCCUGGUCCUCCUCAAAAUCAUGUUGCAUCAAGAGACGAAACAAACUCAUUAGAAGAUCUUUUGCGCAAUGAUCCUUUUACAUAUGGCCCAGCUCCGAAAGGAAACGUGGUGGCCUCUGUGACACCUCGCACUCUCGUUGAUAAUUUACAUUCAGAGAGAUCGUUCAAUAUCGAUCCUGAGGAUGAUGGAUCCCAAUCUUCCCAAGAGAUGACCUCGCAACCAUCUGAUCCAACAGAUCCAUCUAAUCUCCCACUACCUGUAUCCAGACCGCCAUCAACCAGAAGACCACGUCGAGGAGAUCGAAUGGUUGAUCCAACACAGCUUGGUCAUCAUUCGAUUGAUGAAACGAGUCCGCCAUCAUACAGAAAAAUUCUUGAGAAUGCCGGAAAGGUGCUAGAACAUAUUAAAAACGGAAGCGUCGGUAAAACCUCCCGUCAUAUAAGGACUGCAAUCACAUACUACGACUAUUUCGACAACUCUAUAUCCCGUCCAAGACGCAUCGAUAUUCCUAUGAGGAUUGAAAGUUUGCGCCAUGUUCCCCAAGACGUGCAGCAAAGACUUAUCUUAGUGGAAGAUCUUUCUGAACCAAUGAUCGAAGAGUUAGGUGAAAACUUCAGCAUAAAUCCAGAGUUCUUCGAAGAGCAUUUAUUGAACUCUGGCUAUGCCGGCGGGAAAUAUGAUAGUCCACCGGCUCGAAACUGGAGCACAGCAUCAUUUGAGAAAUCCUACAUGUCAUUCAAGUGGAUUAGGCCAGUUUAUCAACUUCCAACGUUUUUUUCAAGCGGCGACCUUGAAGAUCUGCUUGAGGACCAAAUAACCCAUUUCACACGGGACCAGUCUGUCACGACGAAAAUAUUCACUAAUAUAUUCCGGCCCGCUUGGGGCUUGUGGACAGACCCCACGAAAACGGUGAGGAUGAAAAGAAUGUGUGGGUUAGAGGAGAGAGUGUCAAUUUGGAGAAAAAAACUUAUUGGCCAAGAUACUGAGAUUGUAAUUGUAAUUCUCGAUCCUUUGCCGGCAAUAUCUGAGAUCCAUCGCUACCGGGCAUCAAAUGGUUCUCAGGGAUGGGAUGAUAGUGAUUAUGCAUUGUAUCACUCCUCCAUGGUUGAAGAGAUACCGCAACGUGUCAGGAAGCAACGUACGCUUGCUAGGUCGUUGAACUGGAUCAUUGGCGGAAAAAGAAGAACAAACAACAAGUUGGAAAAGAAGCUUGAAGUACUGAACACGGUUAUCAUUGAGCAGAUAGCUCCUCGCCAAACAGUUUCGGUCGACCUAGACUGCGUAUUUCAAACACCACAGUCGAUGGCAGACUUGGAGGAACAACUCAGCGAGACCAAAUCAACCAAAUCAGAGGUCUGCGAGUCUCUCGGAACGCAACUUGCUCCAUCUAGUCUAGUUAAGCCGUUACUCCGAAUCAUCAAACAAGACACCGUGACUCUGCUCAAUCAGCUACGACAAGUUCUUGACGAAAUAAAUAUCGAGAUUCUUGAUGAUACGAAGAUGGAGGACAGAUUGGGCCUAUGGCGACAGAUCAUCAACCGUGCUCAGCGAGAGCUUCCAGAAUUGAGAUCGUCUAUGGAGCCUUUUAUUGAGUUCCUGCUCAAACUCCAUCCUCUUAACUCUCCCGUGGAGAUUGCAGCCGUGAGAGUAGAAGUUACGCAAGAUAUUUACGAACUUUGGAAGGAUAUCGACCACAUUAUUGAUCGACUCCAAAGAACAUCAGCAUCCUUGACUUCCAAUAUGGGUCUGCUGGAUAGUCGACGCUCGAUAGACGAGGCUCAUUCUGUGGCAAGACUCACCGAACUAGCGUUCAUUUUUGUCCCGAUGUCUUUCGCGGCUUCUGUUUUUGGUAUGGAAAUCGAACCAUUUGCAAAUCCAGUUCCCAUCAGUAACUUCUUUGCUGUGGCUAUUGCCGUGACACUAUUUGCUUAUUUGAUGCGUGUGACUAUGCAAAGUCACUGGUUGAUUGAUCUCAAGGAAAUUGUGAAGCAUGAUGUCAGGAGAUAUGCCGCAAGGAAUGGUCAAACCGUACAACCUCGAUCGCUUCCGAUGGUCCUAAUACUUCGGUCAAUAGCAACUCGACUCGGUACCAGAAUUGCCAGCAUUUGUAAAUGGGGCGCGAAGAAAACCUGCUUAAUAGCAAAGAAGAUCUGGGCUGUGUUUGGGUUCAUCAUCAGCUUCGUUUUGUUAAAUGGUGUGGCUUCGGGCAUACCAAUCGCUCUCCUCUGGACCCGUGACCUUGACUCCGGUAUCCGGGAUGCCGUUAGCAUCGCUAUUGCUUUCAUUGUUAUAGUCACUGUGGGAGUUCCAUUCUGGUUCAGAUCCACACCGAAGUUUCGGAACGCAUUACCAGACCUUAUCAUGAACAGAGUGGGUCGCACACCUUUCUGGGUUAGAAUGACUUUGAUAUAUUUGAUCUUCACUGCAAUAUUCAUUGCGGUGCCAUUGGCCCUCAUCUGGACACGCCCGCUAGCUACUGACAUCAAGACUGGGCUAACAAUGGGCGUUGUGAUGAUUAUGAUUGUACUCAUGGUAAUUGUUAACCUUUUGGGGCCUUUGGGACGCAGGUAUUUCGAUUUUAUUUCAACAUAUAGGUCCCUAUAG